AUGGUGCAGAAAACUUACGGUGACUCUUUUAUGUCUCGAACACAGGCAUACGAGUGGUAUAAAUCAUUCAAAGAGGGUCGGGAAGUGAUCGAAGAUUUUCCUCGUUCUGGACGUCCAUCAACAUCAAAUACCGAAGAAAACAUGGCAAAAAUCAAGAAAAUUGUGCUGGAAGAUCGUCGUAUGACUGAAAGAAAGAUUGCUCGUGACUUAAACAUUUCAAAUAGACUCGUUCACCACAUUCUACAUGAUAUAUUGGGCAUGAGACGCGUUGCAACUCGACUUGUGCCAAAACACCUUGAUUUUUUUGCAAAAAAAAUACUGAAAGAACCCAUAACGUGA